UUUCUAAGGAGUUUCUUCGGGAUAUCUUUGGCAGCUGGUAGAUAUUUAGUUAUUUAUUUAGUUUUUUAUAUUUAGCCAAAAGGACAAGUUAAAGUUUUCUGGCGUCCCGUUCGUUUUGUUUGCAGGUUCCAGAAUGAUGUUGGAAUGAAAAUGAAGCUUCAUCGGAGGCUGAAUUCAAGAAAUUGAUUGCCUGUUUUGCUGCUGGGAUGUUUGCCUGGUAAGUAGCGGGAUAUUGACACCUAUUUAUAAGGCUCCCUCCGCUAGUUAGUUAGUUAGUUAGCAGCAGAUAAAGAAAUACCUGGCUGUGUCUUUUCAGGCGUCAAGACUCGCCCCGAUAAGCCUCAUCUGCCGGCACUCCAGCAACGAGACACAAAGCACUGCAUAGCAAAGCAAGCUAGAGCAAGGCAUCCUCCCUUGCCUCCUGGAUCCCCAGUUCGAUAUAACAACAGUCAAUGAUCCCGAAACCCCCCUCAGUGAAUAGAUACUUCUUCCACGCCACUUUUCCUCCCUCCUCCAACUUUCUCCUGGCUAGUCACACGCCCUCCCUCCCUCCUCAGCCUCCCGUCGAGAGAUUCCCCCCACAUCCAUGCUACAUCCAUCCUCCUCCUCCAUUACCUAUUCUACCUAUUCAACCUAUUCAACCCGCUCCAGCUCCCUCUUUGAAACUUCCCACCACCUCUACUAGGCUCCUACACCCUCCCCAGCUUUCUUUCGGACAACGCCCAGCCGAGGUAGAAUAUACACACACUCGUUCUUGAUUUCCCGCAUAAACCCCUCCCUUCCCUCCCUCCCCUUCAUUGUUCAUCCCCAAGUUACUCUCCACGCUCUUCACAACGCCUCCCCAACCAAGGAAGAGAAGCGCGUCGCAGGCGGUGGACGACUACACCAUCAAGGGUUCGAGAUCAACAGCCACGGGACUUCAGAGGGUACCUGUUCACAAGAGGGUCCGCCAGGCCCUUGAGGAUUCGGGUGGCCCGUCUCCUACCACGGUCGUUGCUGACCUUGCAACGCCGGCUACGACCGCAACGACUGCUAGUAUGGACUCAGACGAUGACUUUAUGAGUGACGGCUCGAGUCAAGGUGAUAUUCUGGAUAUGCAGGGGAGUGAUGACGAGAGCCUUGGGGACGAUUUUGGCGAUGAUGAUGAUCUUGGCGGCUCCUUUUACGAUAAGGAGAUCGUCAAGCAAACUCAAAAACCUUUCGAGGUCGAUUUUAAGGUCUUGAGUCCAGAUGAUAUCCAACGGGAACAGAGCUCGCAAAUAAACGAGGUUUCCUCGAUACUUGGCCUGCCUCCAGAAUCAGCGGCUAUCCUGUUGCGGUUUGGCCGAUGGAACAGGGAGAAACUGAUCGAGUCAUACAUGGAGGACCACGAUAGAAUACAGGAAGAAGCCGGUAUCGGUUCUGCCUUUUCAGGUACCCCAAAGACAGAGAUCGUCCCUGGGUUUAUGUGCGACAUUUGCUGUGAAGACGGGCCGGGCAUGGAGACGUAUUCUAUGCGAUGUGGUCAUCGGUUCUGUGUUGAAUGCUAUCGCCAUUACCUUGGCCAGAAAAUCGGAGAGGAAGGAGAGGCUGCGAGAAUAGAGUGCCCCCAGAGCAAUUGUCAUCGCAUCGUCGACUCGAAGACGUUAGACUUGCUGGUGACGGAUGAUUUACAGGACAGAUAUCAUCUGCUUCUAAUGCGGACCUAUGUGGACGACAAAGAGAACCUGAAGUGGUGUCCUGCUCCAAACUGCGAAUAUGCAAUAGACUGUCCGGUGAAGAAACGCCAGCUUAAUCGCAUAGUCCCCACCGUCCACUGCAGGUGCAGCCAUAGUUUUUGCUUCGGCUGCACCCUUGACGACCACCAACCACCCCCUUGUUCCCUAGUCAAAAAAUGGCUAAAGAAAUGCAAAGAUGACUCAGAGACGGCAAACUGGAUAUCCGCAAACACCAAAGAAUGCCCAAAAUGCUCGUCCACAAUCGAGAAAAACGGCGGUUGUAACCAUAUGACCUGUCGAAAAUGCAAGCAUGAGUUCUGCUGGAUGUGUAUGGGGCCGUGGUCUGAGCAUGGAACUAGUUGGUACAACUGCAACCGCUUCGAGGAGAAGUCAGGAGCAACGGCCCGCGAUGCCCAGGCGCGUUCGAGACAAUCGCUUGAACGAUACCUCCACUACUACAAUCGCUACGCAAACCAUGAGCAAUCCGCGAAACUGGACAAGGACCUGUAUCUCAAGACCGAGAAGAAAAUGACGAGCUUGCAGUCGCAAUCGGGGCUGUCGUGGAUCGAAGUUCAGUUCCUCGAUACCGCAUCCCAGGCCCUUCAACAAUGUCGACAAACUCUGAAGUGGACGUAUGCUUUUGCUUUCUAUCUUGCCCGUAAUAACCUCACGGAGAUCUUCGAGGACAAUCAAAAAGACUUGGAGAUGGCGGUUGAAAGCCUUAGCGAGAUGUUCGAAAGACCUAUUGAUCAGUUGUCGGCGCUGAAAGUCGAUAUCCUGGACAAAACAGCUUAUUGCAACAAGAGGCGUGUGAUUCUGUUGAGCGACACUGCGGAGAAUCUGAAGAACCAGGAAUGGACCUUCACUGUUGACCUGGACGACUAAAAUGAAUCUGUAUCACCAUAGCCAAAUCGCGGGAUCCCUCCCAGACGAUACUCAUACAGAUAUGAUUUAGUUUCCAUACUCGAAUAUUCCAUACUCAAUCUUCUCCUUUUCCUUUUUUCCUUUUUUCUUUUUUCCUUUUUUCUUUUUUCUUUGUUUUCUUUAUCCCCUUCCUUCUCCCUAUCCUUCCUCGUUUUUAUUUUAUUAUCUCUUUUUCUUUUCUUUUCUUUUCUUUUCUUUUCU